AUGUCCUCGGUUCCCAGUACAACAGCGAACCGAAAUGUUCGGAACAUCUAUAAUUGGUGGGUUAGGGCUAACGAAAAAGCCCGAGCUUACAUCUUAGCAAGUAUAUCUAAUGUACUUAAUAAGAAACAUGAGGUAAUGCCCAUCUCCCAUGAGAUAAUGGCGUCACUUCAGGAGAUGUUCGGGCAACCGUCAUCCUUUGUUCGACAUAAAGCCAUUAAGUAUGUUCACAGUACUCGCAUGAAAGAUGGUUUCAACGUUAGAGAGCAUGUUCUCGAUAUGAUGGUCCAUUUUAAUAUUGCUGAGGCUCAUGGGGCGAUGAUAGAUGAGAUAAGUCAAGUCAGUAUGAUAUUGGAAUCUCUUCAAAGAGUUAUCUGCCUUUCAAAACCAAUGCUGUUAUGA